UAGUAUUGGAGGUGUUACAUUAGUUAUAAAUGCGCAUUGUUUUUGCAUUCAUUCUUUCAAGAUUUUUCGCAGCUUUCUCCUUUUGGUAUACAUGAUUAUGACACGACUAUUUCCUUUUUGCUUCUUGUUUUUGACAGCAUUAACAGCUUUUAUAGAAGCACAUUACGUCGAGUGUCAUGGAUGUUUCUACGGGAAUAAAUGCCGCAAAAACAAGCAAAGAUGGUUUGAAAAGACAACAGCUAGCUGUGCCUGGAAAAGCUGUGAGCUUAUUGGUGUAGUUCAAUGGCAAAUAAUUACAAAUUCUGUGUAUUGUCGGAGGGAAGAUGGUACGUGUAUUAGGAAAGAUACAACUUGGGUGACCUUCGAAAACGGUAUAUGCUGGACUCACGAGUGCAAAUAUUUGGGAAUUAAACGCGUUGAUAUCUCAUCAAAAUCAGGUGGAAUAUGUUUACGUCAAAAGAGAGACUUACCAAUCGCAAACCGAAGCGAAAACCAAACCAGUUUAUUAUAAACUGAUGAAAGAGGAGAUAAUAAUUUUACGGGGCUAAGACUUAAUUAUUGUCAUAUAAUCAGAACCGAACAACGAGUGAGAAGCAAUGUAGUAAUGUAAUAAACUAAUU